AUGGUGAAGAAUCCUCUUGUAUGGAUCGACUGCGAGAUGACAGGUCUCGAUCUAACAAAAGACCACUUGAUCGAGAUCGCUGUACUUAUCACUGAUGGCGACUUAAACGUGGUGGCAGAGGGACCAGAGCUGAUCAUCCACCAACCACGCCAAGUGAUGGAUAGCAUGAAUGAUUGGUGUAAGGAGCAUCAUGGAACAUCGGGAUUGACACAAGCUGUCUUGGAUUCCAAUGUGUCAACUGCUGAUGCACAAUCGCAAGUGCUUGACUUCCUCAAGAAACAUAUCAACCCUGGAGAUGCCCCAUUGGCAGGAAAUUCAGUUCAUGCUGACAAGCGUUUCUUGGAGAAGGAGAUGCCCGAUGUUGUAAACUACCUUCAUUAUCGUAUCGUUGACGUGAGCACUAUCAAGGAAUUGGCAAGAAGGUGGUAUCCAGAUAUUGCUGCUGGCGUUGUGAAGAAGAACACCCACCGAGCACUCGACGACAUCAAGGAGAGCAUUGCAGAAUUACAGUACUAUCAACAACGCAUCUUUAUCCCUCACAAGGAUUGA